AUGGAUGAAGAAAAAGUCAUCGUGUUUAUUCAUCCCGAUCUCGGGAUUGGAGGAGCAGAGCGCCUAGUGGUGGACGCGGCAGUCGGACUUCAGAACCUUGGACACACUGUACAGAUAUGGACCUCGCAUUGUGAUCCCGCACAUUGCUUCGAUGAAUGUCGCGAUGGUACUCUCAAAGUUGUCGUCCGAGGGAAUCGUUUCCCAACUUCAAUACUUGGUCGCUUCUCCAUUCUUUGCGCUAUCGUCCGACAGCUCGAUUUGAUUACGUACUUCCUCCUUGAAGAUCCUGAUCGGGCAUCGGCGACAGACUUAUUUUUCGUCGACCAACUAUCGGUCUGUGUUCCGAUUCUCCGAUACUUCCUCCAAGGAUCUAGGACGCUAUUCUAUUGCCACUUCCCAGAUAAGCUCCUUGCAUCGAGGAAAUCGAUUAUCAAAUCAUUAUACCGGAUUCCAUUUGAUUGGAUUGAAGGAUACACAACCGGAUUAGCCGAUGGAAUUGUGGUUAACAGUAAAUUCACUGCUGGUGUGUUUAAGGAAGCCUUUCCGAGAAUUAAUGUUGUACCAAGGGUGGUAUACCCUUGUGUCGAUGUCAACGAGGACGAAAGGAGUCACACGAAACUUGAAGGAGAAAAGUACCCAUUUCUAAAAGGCGGUGACCGGAAGAUUGUCCUAUCAAUCAACCGGUUUGAGAGGAAAAAGAAUAUUGGAUUAGUCGUGAGUGCAUUCGCAGGGCUUACUGGAGAGCAAAGGAAAAAGGCGAGGUUGAUUGUUGCAGGUGGAUACGACAAUAGGGUUGCGGAAAACGUAGAUUACCAUAGCGAGCUUGAAAAGCUUUGUGACUCGUUAGAUUUACGACACGCAACAUGUAGAAACUAUAUUUCGUCCUUAACGAUCCCGUCAGAUAUCGAUGUCCUCUUUCUACCAUCGGUGCCAUCCUCGCUGAAAAGCUUUUUGCUGCGGACUGCGAGUAUCCUCGCCUACACACCAGAAAAUGAACAUUUUGGAAUAGUGCCUUUGGAGGCGAUGCUUGCUGGGACACCGGUUUUGGCCACAAAUACGGGUGGGCCGCUCGAAACAGUCCUAGAUGGUGGCGUAACAGGCUGGCUUCGCCCUCCAGAACCGACCGAAUGGACUCGGAUUCUCAAUGAAGCUCUUUUCAAAAUUACCGACGAGGAACGUACCGCACUGGGUGAACGAGCGAAGUCGAGGGUCAAGGAAAAUUUUAGUAAGGAAAGCAUGGCGGCAGCACUACAAACAGAGUUCGAGAUCUUGGAUAAAACUAGGAGGAAACUCAUUGGGUUCCAUGAUGUUAUGAUGCCUGUAAUUGUAAGCACUGUAGUCGUUGCUGGAUUGCUAGUAGGAGUUGGCAGGACGGAUUGGGCGUAUGUCUGUGGGUUUAUGGGUGGGGGCGUGUAUGCGACCUUUGGGUUACUAACGAUGUUAGCUAAGGAUAUGAAUCCACGGAUAGGAUAG